AUGGAGGCUCCGGGCGGCCCGAGGAAGAGGAUCGUGCCGCUGCUGGUUCUGCUGGUUUUUUGCUCCGCUGCUCCGGGACACGCCGAGAGGGUGUGUCACUGCAGCGGGAAGUCUCUCUGCCACUGUGACGGCAUCAAAGGACAAAAGGGUGAACCCGGUUACCCUGGGUACGAUGGACUCCCUGGAGUGAUUGGUUACCCUGGAAACGAGGGCCACCAGGGCUUACCUGGAGAGAAGGGUGAGUUGGGACCUGGAGGGAGCCCAGGACUGAAAGGUUCCAGGGGUCUUCCAGGAAAGCCAGGUUUCCCAGGACCUCCAGGACUGCCUGGUCUCCCCGGACACGAAGGACCCAUUGGUGCACCUGGACUCCCAGGAUGCAACGGGACAAAGGGGGAUGUAGGGUACCCAGGUUACCCUGGAGAUCCAGGACCUGUCGGCCUUCCAGGUCGACCAGGACUGCGGGGUCCAAAGGGAACGUCGUACUCCUACCCCAUCACUGAGGAAAUUCGGGGAGCUCAGGGUCUGCCGGGACCAGAUGGAGAGAAUGGUCUGAGUGGAUAUCCAGGUGAUCCAGGCCUGCCAGGACUACCAGGAUCUGUUGGACUUCCUGGGAGUCCAGGGUUGCCGGGUCUGCCAGGCGAAAAGGGUCAGGAGGGUCCGAGUCCGGUGAUUCCUGGGCCCCGUGGACAGAAGAUCUGUUUGGUUUUCAGGGUGACCGAGGCCCUCCGGGGAUCCCCGGACAGAAAGGAAUCAAACUGUACUUCAGAGAAACCAGAGACCUGA